UGUCGCGGCGGUGACUGGUACAACAGGCAACGCUAGUUCAUGUGAAGAUCUGAUCUGCAGCAAUUUGGCACAGCAAGUGGCUAUAUUUUCAACUAUGUGGCUCCAGUAUAGAUAGAAAUAAAACGUGCCGGUAGUUAGUUUAACGGCUACACGGAAUUGUUCAACCAGGCAACCAACAUUAGCGGAGGUUCAGUAAGUUUUAAAGAAUGGCGACAGGAGAAUCUUUUAAUGGCAGCACUGACGAACUGCACAACUGGACUGUAACAAAUGGCAGUUUGGAAUGCCUCAACAACAUGGAUUGGGGUGUCCAGCAAAAAAAGGCUAACCGUUCCUCAGAGAAAAACAAGAAAAAGCUUUCUGCCACUGUGGUAGAGAGCCGCUUGACCAAUGAUAUUUCACCAGAGUCGACUCCUGGAGCUGGACGCAGGAGAACCCGCACUCCUCAUUCCUUUCCACACAUCAAAUACACUACACAAAUGUCAGUUCCAGACCAGGCAGAACUAGACAAGCUGCGACAGAGGAUUAAUUUCACCGACCUGGAUGAGCAGCGAAGUGUUGGCAGUGACUCUCAGGGUCGUGUGACAGCCGCCAACAAUCAGCGGCAGUUAGCCUGUGAAAACAAGAAACCCUAUAACUUCUUACCACUGCACGUUAACACCAACAAAAAGGAGCUGCUCCCACCCUCCUCCUCUGCCCCAGCCACCCCAGCCAUCACCAAGGAAACCAAGAAACAGACUCUGGGACAUAGGGAUACUCUGGCCCUUUUGCUCCCGACUAAAGACACACCACGACCCAGGCGUAGAAGCUCAGAGCGAGAUACGUUAUUACAAAGGGAUUAUGAAAGAGAGGCACCCAGAAUUGACCGCAGCCAGGUGGUGAGUAAACUGGUCCAGAUCCGAGAGGGUAUCAGUAAGGCUAACUCCAUGUUGGAUGACCUGGUAAAGAAGAAUGAUGUCCCAGCUAAUGUGGAGCGGCUCUCUCUUCUCAUUGAAGACCUUAAAGAGCAGGAGAGGUCCUAUCUACGCUUUCUACAGAAGAUGCUGGCCCGGGAGACGGAUGAUGAUGAGGUGGGGACCCUGGAUUCUGCUGUGGGUUCAGGUUCUUUGGCAGAGAGCACCUCUCUAAAUAUCGAAGUACGAUCUACAGAUGGUUCCAAUGUCAUGGGUGCUAGGUCAGAGGCGGUGCCAGCUGACCAGAAGGAAGAGCUGGAGAACUUGCGUAAGCAGCAUGAACUGCUGAAGAAGAUGCUGGAGCAGCAGGAGCAACUCCGGGUCCUGCAGGGUCGGCAGGAAGCUCUGAUGGCAAUGCAGCACAGUGCAGAGCAAGCACUGGCUGUCAUCGAGGACACUGUUGUAACUGAAACCACUGGCAGUGUCUCCGGAAUAAGCAUUACUUCAGAACUAAAUGACGAGUUGAAUGACUUGAUUCAGCGUUUCCACAACCAGCUAAAGGACUCACGGUCCAAAGCAGUACCAGACAAUCGUCGUCAAGCAGAGAGCCUGUCCUUAUCUAGAGAGGUGAGCUGGUCGCGCUCCCCUCAGGCUGCAGGCCCACCUCACAGACCCCUCCUUCACUCUGGGUCUGGGCCCCACUCCGGUCUGGAAGCGGGAGCCACUGCAGCCUGUGCCAAACUUACAAAGCUCCAAGAACUGCAAGACAAGAAACAAACUAUGGACAAGAUCCUACAGGAACUGCACUCCCUCAGAGAUCAGACACUUAACAAUAGCUCCUGUCGGGGAUUAUCGUCUCAGUGCUUGGCAGGAUCUCCAGACUGUGCCUCUGCUUUAUGUUCUAAUGGGGCUUCAGCUUCAACUUCAUUCCAUCCAACGCUCACCCAACACCAAGACGGCUCGAAUUCAACAGACAAGCUCAGGAAGCUAAAGGAGGUGCACAAGCGGUUGAAUGAGUUACGGGAGCUGGUUCAGUACUAUGAGCAGACGUCCGACAUGAUGGUGGAUGCAGUCAACGUGAAAGAAGAUGAUGAUGAAGAGGAGGAUGAGACUGAGGAUGGAUCCAUGUUAGACACCAUGUUUGACUCUGAGCAGGAGAACCGCCAGCCUGUCACAAACAUAAGAAAUCCUCAGCGUGGAGGUAACUGGUCAGACCUGAACAGCCUGACCAACAGCCACAGUCUGAGGAGUGCAAACAACCGCGACGGGAGGCUGAACACAGAAUGUGAGAUCAACAACCGGUCAGCAGCUAACCUGCGCUGCCUCAACAUCCCAUCUGCUAUAGCUUGCCAGUACAACAGAGACAGCUCAUUCAACCACAUAAAGGAUGAAGAUGAUGAGGAUGGUCUUGAAGAAGGAGCACAGGCUGCUGGAGGAGAGAGCGAGGCCUCAGGGUCCAGUCGCAGGAGCAGUCUGGGCAAUGAUGGAGUUUUUGCUGAACACCAAACAGCCAAACAGAAACUGCGGCAGCUACAAGAGCUGGUGGCCAUGGUCCAGAGUGAUGACACAGACGGGACGACAGCGAAUGAGGAUGAGACGUUACAUCAGCAGCCCAACAACACCAGGUCCACUGGGUCUGGAGCCAAACAGAAUCCCAGAGACAUGGUUCUGUCCAGUCAAGCCAGAGAGAAACUAUACGAGGAGAAGCUGCGUCAGCAAAAAGAGGAGCUGAAGCAGCUCCAUGAGGAGCGCCAGAGGCUAAUGGAAAUCCAGGGCAAAAUUCAGGAUCUGCAGUGGGCCUGCCCUGAUCUACAGUCAUCUUUGUCUAGCACUGCAAGUCAGCUGGGCACAGCGAAUCAGCAGGGCCUUCUAAGAAAAGCUCCAAUUGCUGUAUCCACUCCUGCUGCUGUACAGGUAUCUCCAUGUUCUGGAACCAAAAGCAAUUCUUCUGGACUCAAACCCACUUCUCAAGAAGCAGCGACAUCCUCAGUCACUGACAAUGAGCUCUGGUCUGAGAUGCGGCGACACCAGAUCCUGCGAGAGGAGCUGAGGCAGCGCAGGAAACAUCUGGAGUGUCUAAUGGCCGAACACCAGAGACGCAGUGGCAACAGUGACUCCACACACAGGACUGAGGAACAGGAUGACAUCACCACCACAUUGCCCAUCAGCAGAGACGAGAGAACAAUGGCAACUUGGGGUUCAACUCCCUGCAACCUUGAUGAUGAUGAGGCGGAUGGUUAUCACGGGAUGGAUGCAGAGGAGGAAGAGGAACAUGAAGGUUCUACAGAGAGCAGCUCAGAUGAUGACUUUCACAUCUACUCCAACAGAAACCAGCGCUCCUACAGCAACAGGAACAAUCAAGGGUGCAACCUGAAACCUCCCUCAAACUUCUCAAAUGGAGCUAAUGGACAUUCUUUUAACUCUAAAGCCAACACUGAACAGAGCAGAAACCUGAAUGAGUCCUCAGGCCAGCAGAGCACAAGGCGUCAGGAGAACCUACGCUGGGCCUCAGACCUGUCAUUCGCUGAGGGCUCCUGUCACUGGCAGGAGCAGGUCAGCCAGCUGCAGAGACAGCUGGACUUCAGCACCAGUAUGUGCCAGACUCUCCUGCAGGACCAGCAGACUCUGUCCUACAUGCUGCAGACUUUGCUGACUGGGCAGUACAGUGUUCUGCCCAACAAUGUGUCCUCACCACAAGUGCAUCUGAUCAUGCACCAACUCAACCAGUGCUACACCCAGCUGGCAUGGCAGCAGACCAAUGUGCAACGGUUAAAACAAGUUCUAAACGAUCUUCUGCACCAGCAAAUGCAAGUGACCUCAUCGACAGCGGGCUGGCAGACUCAGAAGCAUGGUUCAUCUCAGGAUUCCUGCUCAGUCUCUCCUGGGGUCUUUCCUCCUUUCUCCUCGAGCCUUCCACCUCCAACCAACAAUAUGCCAGCAGCUGCGCUGUCACCAUUCGCUCCUGGUUUUAACUUGUACCCUCUGUUCCCUCCUUCGUCCAUGAGUGAUUUUCCUCAGGGUGCUACAGGACACCAGAGUUCUGAGCACCAGAAGACCCUCAUAGACCCCAACAUGUCAAUGAAGACGGAGUACAUGAAUUUCCCCCCAUCAGUGCAGCGGCCCACACUCAACACCUCCACUGACAGAGGGGCAUCUGGUUGGCUGAACACGUCAUUCACGAACAACUGCGUCCAGCGUCACUCUCCCAAACCAGAGCCCUCAGAGUCUCCCGUGUCCUCCCCCAUCCCUGUCCACCGCCACCCCCACCCUCAGGACUUCGACCGGGCGUCACAGGAGAGCUUCAGCAGCAUGCCCGACCCCACCGACCUAACCACUGUCACAAAGACUUUUAAAACGGGACGAAAGGCAUGUGCACAAGCUAACCUGGCCUCCAGAAGCAAGACGCCCAAUCAGAAGAGGUGCCGCAGAAGGAACAAAGUGCACAACAAGAACAGUGAAGGUCAAGACAGUGACAGUGCCAGCAGCAGUGCCCCCGCUGUCCAACAGAGGUCUGUCCUGUCCCGACAGAAGAUCCACAAUCAAAGUCUGCUGGAGAAAUUGACCCAGGAGAAACUUGACAGCAAAACUAAGCAAAACAAACCCAAUGACCUUUCAUCAGCCUAUGCUUGGAGAACCCCCUUCCUCUCUAACAGAAUUGCAUGCACAGAAGCACCAGAUGCUAGCAGUGACUUCUCCCUGUUCGAGGCGCUAAGAGAGACCAUUUACUCAGAGGUGGCUACUCUGAUCUCUCAGAAUGAGUCCAGACCGCACUUCCUCAUCGAGCUGUUCCACGAGCUGCAGCUGCUCAACACUGACUACUUACGACAGAGGGCGCUCUUCUCUCUACAGGACAUAGUGACCCGACACCUGACGGAGAAAAGUGCAGUGGAGCCUGUCCUUGGUCCUGUGGUGUGGACUGCUGGCUCCCAGUCUGAGCUCACUCCGAGUGAAAGUGUGGCCACCAGUGACGCUGAGGUGGUCGAGAAGAAUUUGCGGUUGGCACAGAACAGGAAGAGGGAAGACGCAGGGUCAGUGGGCAAUGAUAGUGUCAUGUCCACUUUGUCAAACCUGGAGCCCUUUGCCAAUGAUGACCUAGGCAACACUGUGAUUCAUUUAGACAAGGCUCUGGCCAGGAUUAGGGAGUAUGAGCGCAUGAAGCUUAAGGCUGAGUUUAACCCCUGCCACGGCACCGCUGCAACUGUAGAGGGCGCUGACACUUCACACAUUGAACAACACCUCACUCACCCUGCUGAAGUGGAAGGAGCUGCAGCUGCUGUGCUCAACUGUCCACAGAUUGACACUCAGCCAUUAGACCGUCAAAUCAAAGCUAUCAUGACAGAAGUGAUCCCCUUCCUCAAGGAGAACAUGGACGAGGUGUGCUCUGUGCAGCUGCUGACCUCUGUGCGACGUAUGGUUCUCACACUCACCCAGCAGAACCAGGAGAGCAUGGAGUUUGUGAGCUUCUUCCACCGCCAGCUUGGAGGGCUUCUGCAGGACUCUCUGAAUAAAUUUGUGGGGCGAACACUGAAGGAGUGUGGAGAGGACCUCCUGGUGGAGAUCUCUGAGGUCCUCUUCAAUGAGCUGGCCUUCUUCAAACUCAUGCAGAACCUGGACAGCAGCAGCAGCAGCAGCACAGGCCCUGCAGCCAAACACAAGAACAGGAGGAGAGAGGAGCAUGCUAACAAAGACAAACAUGGUUCCAAGGAAAAUGCAACUGUUGGUCCGGAUAAACCAGGUGCUCUGGACUACUCUGAUGAAGACAAGGACUAUGACGAGGCUGAGCAGGAAGGAAAGUCCAUUGUACACAAUAUACAGGAGAGGUACCUCCAAACUCAACUCAACAACAACAUCAGGAGCAGUGAGGCUUCAGAGGCCGAGGAGGAGAGAGCGGGUAUGCCUCUGUCCAUCAGUCUUUCUAAAGCAGAGACCCAGGCCCUGACAAAUUACGGCAGUGGUGAGGAUGAGAACGAUGAGGAGGAAGUGGAGGAGUUUGAGGCUGGACCAGUAGAUGUACAGACCUCACUACAGGUCACUGCUGCUGGACACACAGAUCCAGAGAAGAUGACCACAACUGAAACACUAGACUCCAAAGCUGAGCAGAACCCGUCGAACCUGGAGCAAGAAGAUGCUUCAGCUCAUGGUGUCUCUCCAGUGGAGUCCAGUGAGGAGGUCGUUCCAGAGGAGGACCCAGCCCGAGAGGAGGGAAGUAAAUCAGACAUGGCCACUGCGUCAGAAGAAAACAACCCAGCUGAUCACAGCCAGAAUGUCCUCAAAGGCCCCACCAGCUCCAGUAGUCCUGAUACAGACUCCCCUGUCAUGAUCAAUGUGGAUGAGGUGGGCAGUGGCAAUACUAGUCAGAAAUCUGAUGAAGACGACUUUGUGAAGGUGGACGAUUUGCCACUGCAGCUCACCGUCAUGUGUGAAGAGGAACUUCAGAAGAGGAUAGUAGAGGAGCAGCAGAAUAACAACUUGUCUGCAGAGAUCCUGAAUGGGAACACAGAGGGUCUGAGCGGGCUGGUGGGCAGCGAUCACGCUCUGAAAGAACCCGAAGCUGCCCCCGAUGUGUGAGAAAUCCACUUACAACAGUUUCUGAGUUUCAUGAACACUACUUAUCCCUUCAAUAUGAUUUGAUUCUUGUUGAUUGUAGUUAAACAACGGUGUGUACAUUGAUCUCAUGUUUUAGCACAACCUUGGUUCGGUUAAUUUCUGAAUGUAAUCUCUGCUGCUCAUUUGUCACACCUCUUUUUUACAAUAAUUUUCCUGACUUUCCUUUGUUCCGUCCUGGGUUCUGGGAUCACUUUUUUUUUUGUUCAUAUGUUCCAUGUUUUCUGCCUUGCCUUACUGCUGUACAGACCACCUCUGCAUCGAACUUUAGAGAUGACUGUAGAAUAGACACUUAGUCAACAUAAGCUCUUCACAUGUUUUUAUAUAUCAGAGUUGAGCCUUCGUUCAUACACUGUUAGGUUCUGUUAGUUUCCAUGUAAUUAAGUAAUUAAAUUCUAAUGAAUUUUAAAUAAACUGUCAAAUCUUUAAAA